UAAAGUGUUACUAAACCCACAACAGUAAAAUCAGUCUGUAUAUGCAGUACAGUAUGCUUGUUAUACUCACUGUGGAACCUAAGGGGUUAAUCCUCCGCAUUGUGUAAAAAGAAUGUUUGAUCCUGACUUCUCUGACCCCCCCCCCCCCCUUCUUCCAGUGUUGUCUCCUGAUAAGACAUAUUUUGUGGAGACACUCUGCACAUGCUCAGUUUGGGGGGACUAUUGCUAGAGAGGUUUUUUUUUUUUCUUGGGAAAGUGCAU